AUGGUAAUUCGCAUUUUGGUAGCCCCAGAAAAGGCAUCACAAGCAUUUCGCGUGCUGCUCCUCGUGUGCCCGCGCACGGCCCCGAGCAGCGCGGCCCGGGCCCAGCGCGGGGCUCCAUUUCGGCACGGCGGGGCGGGAAAUGGCGGCGCGGGGCCGGGCCGGGUCCGCCCGCGGGUGGCGGGACGCGGCCUCACCCACGUGCCCGAGCACGUGUGGAGGAUCAACCUGGACACGCCGGAGGAAGCCCAGCAGAACCUGUCCUUCGGAGCUGCCGAUCGCUGGUGGGAGCAGACGGACCUGACCAAGCUGAUCCUGGCCUCCAACAAGCUGCAGAGCCUGUCGGAGGAUGUGCAGCUGCUGCCUGCCCUCACCAUGCUGGACGUGCAUGACAAUCAACUGACAUCACUUCCUUCUGCUUUAGGGCAACUUGAAAAUCUCCAAAAACUCGAUGUCAGCCACAACAAACUGAGGAGCCUUCCCGAGGAGCUGCUGCAGCUGCCCCGUCUGAGGAGCCUCCUGGUGCAGCACAACGAGCUGAGCCAGCUGCCCGAGGGGCUGGGGCAGCUCCUCAGCUUGGAGGAGCUGGAUGUGUCCAACAACCAGCUCACAGCCGUCCCCGCCAGUUUUGCUCUGCUGGUGAACUUGGUGCGGCUCAACCUGGCCUGUAACCAGCUCAAGGAGCUGCCUGCAGAUCUCAGUGCCAUGAGAAGCUUGAGGCAACUGGAUUGUACCAAAAAUUACCUGGAAACAGUACCUCCUAAAUUAGCAACCAUGGCAUCCCUGGAGCAGCUUUACCUGAGGAAAAACAAACUGCAUUCCUUGCCAGAGCUUCCCUCCUGCAAGUUACUGAAGGAAUUACACGCUGGGGAGAAUCAGAUUGAAAUGCUGAAUGCAGAGAACCUGAAGCAGCUGAGCUCCCUGUGUGUGCUGGAGCUCAGGGACAACAAGAUCAAGGCAGUGCCCGAGGAGAUCACGCUGCUGCAGAAGCUGGAGAGGCUCGACCUGGCCAACAAUGACAUCAGUAGGUUGCCUUACACCCUGGGGAACCUCACUCAGCUGAAAUUCCUGGCCCUGGAGGGAAAUCCUUUGAGAACCAUUCGGAGAGACCUGCUGCAGAAAGGCACCCAGGAACUGCUCAAAUAUCUGAGAAGCAAAAUCCAAGAUGAUGGACCUGGCCCCAAUGAAGAGCCUCCUGUGACUGCCAUGACUCUUCCCAGCCAGUCCAAGGUCAACAUCCACGCCAUAACCACACUGAAAUUAUUGGAAUACAGUGAGAAGCAGGCUGCCGAGAUCCCCGAGGCCGUGUUCGACGCCGUGGGCACCAACCCUGUGGCCACCGUGAACUUCAGCAAGAACCAGCUCAGGGAGAUCCCCCCGAGGCUUGUGGAGCUGAAAGACUCAGUUUGUGAUGUCAGCCUGGCCUUCAACAAAAUCUCCUCCAUUUCCUCGGAGCUGUGCCUGCUCCAGAAGUUGACACAUUUGGAUCUCAGAAACAAUGUUCUGACAGCCUUGCCUGAGGAAAUGGAGGCACUGAAAAGACUGCACACAAUAAAUCUUGCUUUCAAUAGAUUUAAGGUGUUUCCCAGUGUCCUGUAUCACCUGCCAGCCCUGGAGACCAUCCUGCUCAGCAACAACCAGGUGGGAUCCAUCGACCCCGUGCAGCUGAAGGGGCUGGACAAGCUGGCAACGCUGGACCUGCAGAACAAUGACCUCCUCCAGGUGCCCCCAGAGCUGGGCAACUGUGAGAAUCUCAGGAGCCUGCUGCUGGAGGGGAACCCGUUCCGCACGCCCCGCGCCGCCGUGCUGGCCAAGGGCACGGCUGCCCUGCUGGAGUACCUGCGGAGCCGCAUUCCCUCCUGAGCCUGGGCACUGCCCCUGAGCCUGGGCACUGCCCCUGAGCCUGGGCAUUCCCUCCUCACCCCUGAGCCUGGCCUGGCCAAGGGCACGGCUGCCCGGCUGGAGUACCUGCGGAGCCGCAUUCCCUCCUGAGCCCUGAGCCCUGGGCACUGCCCCUGAGCCUGGGCACUGCCCCUGAGCCUGGGCAUUCCUCCUGAGCC